AUGCACUUACGCACUAGGAACAUUGUUCAUCGUCGAAAUCGAUGUCGACGCGACAUCAGUCGAAGUGGUGAAUUCUGCGGGCGACCAAGUAAUCUCACCAUUGGUGAUGUGACUUCAACGUCGCAAUACGUAAACAUCGCGGGUUCAUUCGGUGGCUCGGAAUGGAAUUGGACGUUUGUCGACGGCUCUGACGUUGCCAACGUCUACCUAGCGUACGAGUCUCCACCCGAAGAAGCUUUCUUCGGAUUGGGUGAACAGACUGGAAUCGGGAACCUACGCGGUUGGCGUGUACCUGUCUGGACCCGCGAAGGUGGAGCUGGUCGCGGUGAAGAGCCGAUCACUUCGGUACUUAACGCCAACCCUUCUGUUUCCGGUCAGUUCGCUGGUGGCUCCUUAUUGACGACGUACACGGCUGUCGCUUCCCUUACGUCGUCUCUUGGACGAUGGAUCGUGUUGGACGGUACCAGCUACGCACUCUUCAAUCUCGCCAGUAACGCUACUUCUCCGUUUCAAGACACGGCAAAGAGUUACCUAGCAGGCGACAUCAUAGAAGGGGACCGCUCUGCCUCGUCGUCUACAACUGUGGAGAUUCAAUACGAGGGCUCUGCAAUUAGUGGUUGGCUUGGUCGAGUCACGGGUGGCAACGUGUUGCUUGACGCUAUCGGUGCGUUGACGACAGUCACGGGAAGACAACCGACUCUACCGGAUUGGGUGAACGACGGAGCCAUUCUGGGCAUCCAAGGCGGACAGGAGCUCGUCGAGGGGGUCAUUCGAGACGCACAGAACGCGAGCUUGCCAUUAGCGAGUGUCUGGCUCCAAGACUGGUCGGGGACUCGACUGCAGGCAGGGGCGUACGGUAUUGAUGUCCAUCGGCUAUGGUGGAACUGGGAGCCCGACACGACGCUGUAUCCCACGUGGGCCGAGUGGGUGCCGUAUCUUCAGGAGCAGUACGAUGUGCGUACACUGAGCUACGUCAACACUUUUUUGGCCAACGUCAGUAGCAAGAGCACCGGGUACAACUCAAACUUCUACGAUAUCGCCCAACGUGAAGCGCGUUUAGUUACGAACACCACCGCAGAGGACGACAGUGUGUGGACUAUUACCAGUGGAGUUGGCAUCGAUGCCGGCAUUCUAGAUCUGUCGAACCAGACCACUGUCGACUGGUUUAAGGAUCUGGUAAAGAAACAGUUCUAUUCCGUUCCAAUUUCUGGCGGAAUGCAAGAUUUUGGAGAGUAUCUAGCAGUGGACGACUCUGUCAGUCUCUCGCACAGCACAGUAGACCCUCGCGUGUGCCGCAACGCGUACCCGACAGUCUGGGCCUCUAUCCUACGCGAAAACAUCGACGCGUCUCGUGAAGAUGGAUUACGCGCUGUGGUGAGUAGUGCACUCCACAUUGGAGCAUCCGGUUUCGCCCACACGCACUCGGAUGUGGGUGGAUACACUACGAUCUUGUCUGCUAUUGGCAACUUAACGCGAAGUGCUGCGUUGCUUGGACGCUGGGGCGAGCUUAGUGCGUUCAGUGACGCGGCGUUCCGUACCCAUGAGGGGAAUAUCCCACAGGUCAAUGUGCAGGCGUACACGAACGCUUCGACUUUGGCGUACCACGCUUACAACACGCGACUAUUUCGGAGUCUCAAGAAGUACCGCGUGACACUUCAAGCGGAGUAUCAGGCAAAGGGUUGGCCGGUGCUGCGUCACCCGAUCGUUUAUUCUCCGAACGAUUCGACGGCGCGUUCUGUCAUUGACGAAAGUUUCUGGGUGGGGGAAGCGCUGUACGUGGCGCCAGUGUACGAUGUGAGAGCUACUGCGCUUGAGUCUUGA